UUGAGAAAUCCAAGAAAAUCAUCACACCUUCUGUACACCAAUUGGUCGCUUUAAAUUAAGCGGCUAUUUUUACGGAAUUUUACGAGUGGUAAAAAUUAUUUAUUACUCGAUACUAAUCGGAAAAUGAGUAACUCAUCAUUAUCAACCUCGCCGGCGCGUUCAUCAAUCUCUACGACGGCGAUCGUCGGAGCAAAUGGUCCGGCGAUGCCCUCCGAUGAUUUUCACUUUCCGGCUGAUCUCAUCUCCUUUCAGGAUCGCAAAGACGAGGCUCUUCUUGUUCUGAAGGCUGACCUGAUGUCGGCACUUGCAAAAGAGGUGAAAUCCUUAGAUGAAGAUAAUUGGAUGUUUGAAGGACCUCGAUCUCGUAUUAACCAUAUAUCAAAGCCAGGUGGUUUUCUCAGCAAGCGUACAGAAAGUUUGAAGAUUAGCUUGGCAGUUAAAAAAUUAUGAUAAAAACUUAAGAUAGUGGCGCCCAUUGUUAUUGUAUUCUAUUGCUGUAGCAGGAGAAAAUGUAGCCAUAGCUAUGGAUUUCGUUUACUCGAUCACAUAUCUGAAGUAUGUUCAUGUCAUAUCCUGGCUCCAUGUACUUGAGCUACUCGUUCGCUUGCUAUCAAUUUUUUUUGUCAAAGAGUAAUCGUUCAGUAUGUCAUUAGCCUUGCAGUAUUAAAUAUCAUAUAUGUAAUUAUGAACUUGAAAGUGAUGCAGAAUUUUUGUUGAA